GUUUGUUUGGUCUUUUUUUCCUCCUCCAUUUUUUGCACACAAUGGCAUCAGAGCACGACCGAGCAGUCUUGCAGGCUAUUUUCAAUCCUAACACCCCGUAUGGCGACGUCCCUGGGCUGGACCUGGAGCAGGAAUUAACGGAUGAUGAAAGCUCCUUUGAUGCAGACUUGCUGAGGCAAGUAAAAAACUUGGAGAGUCGUGGAGUCUCUGCGGCCGAGGCGGGGGACUUGCGGGAGGCCCUUGAGCUUUUCGACCAGGCCGUACAAGUUCUGCCCCGGCGUGCGUCAGCUUACAACAACCGGGCACAGACACUGCGACUCCAAGGAAACACAACAGGUGCUCUGGAGGACUUGGACCGCGCCAUCUCCCUGAGCGAGGGCAGGGGUCGGACAGCCUGCCAAGCGUUAGUCCAACGGGGCCUCCUGCGUAGGCUAGCGAGCCAAGACGACAAGGCCCGGGAGGACUUCCAGAAGGCGGCAGCACUUGGCAACGAAUUCGCCCGACAACAGGUGGUGCAGCUGAACCCGUACGCAGCACUUUGCAACAAGAUGCUCUGCGAGGUCAUCGGAAAGCUGCGUAACCCAGACAUCGGCGAGACCAGACUGUAGUUGUAAUCAAUUGAGGUUUUAUUUUUUUUCAUCCUAGAUGAACAGUGGGGGAAAUAUGUAUUUAGUCAACCACUAAUUGUGCAAGUUCUCCCACUUGAAAAUAUUAGA